AUGGCUAACCUAGAUCAUUAUACCUUCUUUCGAAAAUCCGAGCUAAUUCUCUUUCCAGCUAUUGCACGGUUCGCCGAACCGAUCGCUUACACGUCCGUCUUCCCGUACCUCCCUGAGAUGAUAUCCAGUUUCGGUGUCGAAAGAAAAGAAAUCGCGAAAUGGGCCGGUAUUACUAGCUCGGUAUUUUCCCUUGCGCAGAGCUUAACGGCAGUGGCUUGGGGGAGAGCCUCAGACCAGGUAGGGAGGAAACCUGUCAUUCUGGCUGGACUCCUUUUUACGAUGGUCGGUUUCAUAGUUUGGGGCAUGUCAACGAGUUUACCAAUGGCGAUCACUGUUCGUAUUAUGAUGGGGGCUGGUAAUGGAAACGUUGGGAUUAUUCGAACAAUGGUUGCAGAGAUGGUUACAGAGAGGGAACUUCGGCCAAAGGCAUUCUCGAUCAUGCCGUUGGUCUGGAGCGUCGGGUCAGUAUUCGGACCAGCUUUCGGCGGCCUAUUUGCGAAACCUGCCGACCAAUGGCCUGAAAUUUUUGGCAACAUCGCUUUCUUCAAAAAUUACCCAUUCGCUUUCCCGAACUUGAUAGGUUCCGUCUUCUUUCUCAUAUCUCUUACGACUGGGUUUCUCUUCCUCAAAGAAACCCUUCAUAGCAAACGCAACUCUCAGGAUUGGGGUCUAGUCCUUGGCGAGCGUAUCGUGAAUGCAUUCAGGAGUCACCCGCGCCGACAGGCUCAGCGUCACCAGCGACAUUCCGUACAGGAUGAUGAAAUAUCAGCACCGCUACUGGAUUCGAACGCGCCCUUGAAGACGGCUAAUGUUACUGUUAUCGAAUCGAGGAUCGAAAAGCAUAAACCUUUGCCUCUUCUUUCGGUGUUCACCCGUCAGAGCGUUAUUAAUCUUGUUGCGUAUACAAUCUUAGCUCUACACUCGGUCUCGUUCGACCAGGCUUUGCCCGUAUUCUUAAAUUAUCCGCCGCAAGAACAUACACCUGAGAAUACGUCGCUUCCUUUCGUCUUCAGUGGCGGGUUUGGGUUGACUCACACGCAUAUUGGUACUAUCUUCGCGGGUGAAGGCAUCAUAUCUGGUUUGGUCCAGUUUCUGGUCUUCCCACCGCUAUGCACCCACUUCGGCAUAUUGAAUUGCUACAAGGCAUCCGUUCUUGUCUUCCCAGUUGUCUACAUUCUCACACCGUUUACAGUACUCGUAGAGGGUACUAUAAUGCGCUAUGCCGCACUAUGCAUCCUCCUAACUCUGAAAACAUUCGCUGUCAUUGUCGGGUUCCCAUGCACUACCCUUCUACUUACUAAUAGCGCCAAGAGUUUAAGUGUCCUAGGAACGUUAAACGGGUUUGCGACUACGUUUAGUGCUCUUGGCCGGGCUACUGGUCCUGCCAUGACGGGUGCAAUCUUCACAUAUGGCGUAAAACGGGGCAUGAUUGGUCUGCCAUGGUGGCUCAUAGCUGUUAUAGCGAUCCUAGGUGCCAUACCCGCAUGGACGAUCAUCGAAGGCGAGGGGCCGGGUGAUGUUGGUUCUUCAUCUGACAGCGAGGAUGAGGAUGAUACAGAGGUUGAUAGCGAGCUCGCCGUCGAUGAUGACGAGUUUAGAACUAGUCAGGCUAGCACUAUUGUCGUGUCAGAACAGCCGCAGCUAACGGAGGAUGCUCCUUUAAUAGGUAGCAUCAAUACUUCAGAGGCUAGUAGUGGCUACGGGACGCUGGAAACCGGAGAUGGCCCAUCUCAGGUUACUCGAGGGAACGUCACUAUUGCUUAG